GGCUACUUCCCUUUCAAAUCCUUCCCCUUCCCAAGUCCCAGCCCUCUCCUCUCCUCUCUCUCUUCACCCGCAACUCGAUCUCCAAUUCUCUCUCUCUUUCUCUCGCAUCGAAUCCGAGUUCACAUCUCCAAACCCUAGCGAGCUCUCUCUCUCGCAGAUGGCGCCGCCGACGCCCUCUCCCCGGCCGGGGCCGCCGCCGACGCCGCAGGCGGCCAUGACGACCCCGCUCAAGACGCCCGCAUCCAAGCACCGCCUCCACUUCCCGGCCAUGACGCCCAGGAACGGCGGCGGCGGGGGCGCCGCGGCGGGCGGCACGGAGCACCCGGUGGAGGUGAUCGGCCGCAUCCGGAACCUCGCCGCGGGGGCGGGCGGCGCGUCGGCGCUGGAGAUCGCGGGCGGGGGCACGGCCGUGCGCGUCCGCGGCGACGCCGGCGGGUGCCGCGACUUCACCCUCGACGGGGUCUCGGUCUCCGAGGAGGAGGAUCUGGAGGGGUUCUACCGCCGCUUCGUGCGGUCGCGGAUCGAGGGGGUGCGGGUGGGCGCCAAGUGCACCGUCAUGGUGUACGGCCCCACGGGCUCCGGGAAGAGCCACACCAUGUUCGGCUGCGCCAAGCAGCCCGGGAUCGUGUACCGCGCUCUCCGGGAUAUACUGGAAGGAGGAGGAGGAGGAGGGGGAGGUGUCUCUGGUGGUGGGGGUGAAGGCGAUGGCCGUGGCGAGGAUGACGCCGGGUUCGGGAUGGGGCUGUUCGUGCAGGUUGCCGUGCUCGAGAUCUACAACGAGGAGAUCUACGAUUUGCUCGUGGGGAGCGGAGCGAAUGCUAAAGGAAACGCCCCCAAGGCGAGGCUAGAAGUAAUGGGGAAGAAAGCCAAGAAUGCAACCUACAUAUCUGGAAAUGAAGCCGGGAAGAUAUCAAGAGAAGUUGCAAAAGUGGAAAAGAGGCGUAUUGUCAAGAGCACGCUUUGUAAUGAGAGGAGUUCCCGGAGCCACUGCAUGAUAAUUUUGGAUGUUCCAUCGGUGGGGGGAAGGCUCAUGCUUGUGGAUAUGGCUGGUUCUGAGAACAUAGAAGCAGCAGGCCAAACUGGAUUUGAAGCCAAAAUGCAGACUGCAAAGAUUAACCAAGGGAACACGGCUUUGAAACGAGUGGUUGAGUCCAUUGCUAAUGGUGACUCCCAUGUUCCAUUUCGAGACAGCAAGCUCACAAUGCUCUUGCAGGAUUCAUUUGAGGAUGACAAAUCAAAAAUCUUGAUGAUUCUCUGUGCAAGUCCUGACCCAAAGGAAUUGCACAAGACAGUUUCUACAUUGGAGUAUGGUGCUAAAGCGAAGUGCAUUAUCCGUGCUGCCCACGCUGCAACCCCAAGGGACAAAAUGAGCUCUGAAGAGUCAUCUACAAUGCUCAAUUCAAGAAUUGUCGCGAUGAAUCAGUUCAUCUACAAUCUCCAGAAAGAGAACAAGCUAAGGGAGAAAGAGCGCAAUGAGGCCCAGAGUGUGCUAAGGAAAAAGGAAGAGGAGCUUGCACAGCUCAGGGCGAAGCUCAAGCUGAUUGAAGGUCAGGGAGCAGCUGCAAAGGAGGAAGAGAUUAACUCAAAGGUCAUGGAGAAGACCCAGAGUUUGAGGACUGAGCUCAUGAAGAUGGAAGAGAAAAUGCUUAGGCAGCAGCAAGAACUCCUUGCUUUGCAACAGCGGCUGAAGGAGGUUGAGCGUGAAAAGCCUGUGCAGCAGGAUAUCAUCGGAGGUAGAUUGCUGGCACGUCUGUCAGAGAUGUCCGCUAGGGCGGAUCAGUCCAUGUCAAUGGAUAUGUCCAUUGAUUUUGAUAUGGGAGAUCAGCCAGCUGCGCAAGACGUGAAGGUGAUCAAGGAGGAUACUCGCAAGCAGGGCCAGAUAUGGAGCCAAGCAAAUACUGCAGGCUCUUGCACCAGCGCUGUGGAGCAAGAAGAUGAUGUUGUGAGGCUGUCUGGGUACCCAGAAAAGGUGGUCCUGAGCACUGUCUUUGAGGAGGGAGAUGAAGAAGAAGAUAAAGACAGUGGCGUUGAAGAGGAAGUGUGCAAGGAAGUUGUCGAAGAGAGCUAUGUAAUGCAACAGCCCCUUGCAGAGCCUGAAGACCCUGCCACAAGGAAUAACCGGAUUCAGAACAUUUUCAGGCUUUGUGGGAAUCACCGAGAAUUAGCCAAGAAGGUCCAGUCACCAGCAAAGAAGGCGUUCGGAGAUGAGAACAAUGAGCCUGCGAAGCAAACAUUCGGAGAUGAGAACAAGCAGCAGCCUGCGAAGCGAGUGUUUGGAGAUGAGAACAAGGACCCUUCAGCAUGGGGAGCGAUAGAACCUCCAAUGUGCGACGUCAGAGUGACCGACAGUCCAGUAUCCUCGCAGCUUUCACCUAUCGUCUGCCAAGUUGUGGACGAUGCCAAGUUGCCCGUGUCGGAGCAGCUGAAAUCAUGCAAUGCUUUGGAGGCAGCUGAUGAGAACAAGGAGAACAAUGCUUCUGGACAAGACGGCCUGCUUGAAGUCUACAUCAAAUGGGAGUCCGGCCAUCUGAUAAAAGGUCUGAAAUUGCUGAGCAACUCGUGUCUUUCUGACCUGAGAAAGCUCUUGGAGGAUCACUUCGAAGAAGCAGGGAGCAAGCAGCAGCAGCAGUUCACCUUCCUCCUUCUCGGGGAUCCUUCUGGCGCACCGGUGUCCAGAGAGAAGGAAGCAGGGGUGCCGAUAAGCAAGCUGCCAAGCUGCAACAACCAGCCGAACAGCUACCUAGCCUGCUUGCGCGCUGUCAAGAAGCAGCCGGCGACGGAGCAGAUGCCGUUCAGCCCACUGGAGAGCAAGCUCAAUUCGGCACUGAACGACGUGCACCUCGCCGCCCUCUCGCCGAAGGUCAACCCAAUGAGCCCUAACUACAUCCGUGAGCUCAGAGCUUGAGCUCUUCCAACCUGAAGAAGAUCGGUUAGAUCUUUCGUAGGUUUGUCGCCGGUGGCAUUUCAACGGUGGCAACGAUGUAUCAUCAUUUAUCUAUAGUCUGGCUCUGUUCUGUCUGUAAAUUUGCUAGCUAUAGGCUGGUUCUGCAAACCUAAACUCUGAAGUGUAACCAUGUUACACGAGUGGCUGUGGCUAGACACUGCGGGUCAUGCGUCUGUGGCCAACAAGGUGAAUAUGAAUAUGAUUCGAUUCGUUUACUUC